CCGGUCCUCUCCCUCCCUCUCGCCCUCUCUCCCUCUCUCCCUCUCCACCUCCACCUCCAGCCGGCGGACGCUCCUCCUGCUGAGCCCCGCUGCGGAGGCCUGGUUCCCGGGGAGAUGCUGAAGCAGCAGCCGCUGGAAGAGAUGCUGGUCCCGGCCUGAGGAGCGGAGGAGCAGCGGAGGAGCAGCAGGAAGAUGUCCGGCAGGAAGCCUCUGACCCCGGUGAGCGAGUCCGACCAGGCACCGGUGAAGGUCUCAGACGGACUCCCCGGGCCCCCGGCUCCGCUGCCCAGGUCCUCGAGCCGUCACGGCCUGCCGCCGGCUCGCAGCUCCGGCGUGUCGGAGGAGCAGCCGCACGUCGGGAACUACCGCCUGCUGAAGACCAUCGGCAAAGGCAACUUCGCCAAAGUCAAACUGGCCCGACACUCGCUGACGGGCCGAGAGGUGGCGAUCAAGAUCAUCGACAAGACGCAGAUGAACCCGACCAGCCUGCAGAAGCUGUUCAGGGAAGUUAGUGUGAUGAAGAUCCUCAACCACCCAAACAUCGUGAAGCUGUUCGAGGUCAUUGAGACGGAGAAGACUCUGUACCUGGUGAUGGAGUUCGCCAGCGGAGGGGAAGUCUUUGACUACCUGGUGGCUCAUGGACGAAUGAAGGAGAAGGAGGCCAGAGCAAAGUUUCGCCAGAUUGUGUCAGCAGUGGAGUACUGUCACCAGAAGAGGAUCGUACAUCGAGACCUCAAGGCGGAGAACCUCCUGCUCGACGCAGACAUGAACAUUAAAAUCGCAGACUUUGGAUUCAGUAACGAGUUCACGAUCGGCAGCAAGUUGGACACGUUCUGCGGCUCGCCGCCCUACGCCGCUCCCGAACUCUUCCAGGGGAAGAAGUACGACGGGCCGGAGGUGGACGUCUGGAGUCUGGGAGUGAUCCUCUACACGCUGGUCAGCGGCUCGCUGCCCUUCGACGGACAGAACCUCAAGGAGCUGCGGGAGCGUGUCCUCAGAGGAAAGUACCGGAUUCCCUUCUACAUGUCGACUGACUGUGAAAACCUGCUGAAGAAGCUGCUGGUUCUAAACCCCGGAAAAAGAGGCAGUCUUCAGCAAAUCAUGAAGGAUCGGUGGAUGAACGUCGGCUACGACAAUGACGACCUGAAGCAGUUCACCGAGGCCGAGCAAGACUUCAACGACCUCCAACGCAUCGAGCUGAUGGGGACGAUGGGUUUCCCUCAGGAGGAAGUGAGGAAGGCGCUGGACGGUCCCAAGUACAACGAGGUGACAGCAACGUACCUGCUGCUGGGGAGGAAGCCUGUCGAGUUUGAAGGCACUGAGUCUUCGUCCCGUGGUGGCCUGGUCCAAAGGUCACGACCCUGCAGCGACGUCAACGGCUCGAGUCAGUCCCCCGCCCACUCUCGCAAUGCAACAGCCAAUCAGAAGCAGCGACGCUUUAGUGACCACGUGGCGCCCUCUAUCCCCCCACCUGUCUCCUGCACCAAGCAUUCCCACGCCAACAGCGUGGAAAGUGACCGGAAGGACGGGCCCCCCUCCCCCAUGGGAGCUCCAGACCGCCGGAAGUCUGCCACCGGGUCGGGGAGCAUUACUCGGAGGAACACGUAUGUUAAUGAGCGACCGAGCAUCGAACGCCACUCCACUGUGAUUCCCAACGGGAAGGACAGCAGUCUCCCUGAGGUUCCUGCAGCGUCCCCCUCCCCGUCCCCAGGGGCCACCGUGUCCUCCAUGCGUCCCCGUCAUGUGAAGUCCAUGUCUGUGUCGGGACACCCCAUGAGGUCCAGCCUGCCGCCCAUCGACGACAACGCAGAGUAUCAGAGCUCGCCCCACCAGCCGCCCUCCUCCCCCUCCGCCUUCAGCGUCACCAGCAGCAGUAGCACUACGCCGGACCGCAGCAGCUUCCCCCGCGGCUCCACCAGCCGCUCCACCUUCCAUGGUGCUCAGCUUCGAGACCGCCGACCCGCCACCUACAACGGGCCGCCGGUCUCGCCCAGCCUCUCGCAGCACGCUGCAGCGUCGCUAGCUACGUCCCGCCGCGGCACAUCGGGCUCCCUCAUCGGAAAGAUCACCUCCAAGUUCGUUCGCAGGAGUUCCUCGGGCGAGCCUCGAGAGGAGGUACGGGAGUCCAAGCCUCGUUCCCUGAGGUUCACCUGGAGCAUGAAGACCACGUCCUCCAUGGAGCCGGGGGACGUGAUGAAGGAGAUCCGCCGGGUUCUGGACGCCAACAACUGUGACUACGAGCAGCGUGAGCGCUACCUUCUGUUCUGCGUGCACGGAGACGCCCGGCUGGACAGUCUGGUCCAAUGGGAGAUGGAGGUGUGCAAACUGCCCCGCCUCUCGCUCAAUGGCGUGCGGUUCAAAAGGAUCUCCGGCAUGUCCAUCGCCUUCAAGAACAUCGCCUCCAAAGUGGCCAAUGAGCUCAGGCUGUGAGCGAGGAGAACACGCCCACUCCUCCUGACGUCACGUGUUCGACUCCAUCCCGGACCCGCUGGAGUCUGACUCAGAGAAAACACUUAUUUUACUCAACACAGUUAAUAUUUAACGUUAUCACUAAAUGUUAAUGCCAGUGAAACCAAAUGUUCCAACAAGCAGACGCUCGGCAGGUUGAUGAACUUGAACUGAACCUACAGUGGAAACGGCAGUUAAAGGGAUUAAAGAAACCAGAUGAGUCAUGAACCAGGAAAAUGAUCAAUGUCCGUCCACAGCAACACACCUGAAGACAUAGGUCACAUGACCGCUCACCUGCACUGGUCAUGUGGUGUAAACAGGAAGUAGAUUGUCUCUGCAGUCGGUUGCUUAUUAACAGAAACUCAGUGAUGGUGAAACAUCAGAGCAGGGACGAGGAGGUGGAAGUGUCACUGACAGGAAGUGUGACUGACAGGAAGUGUGACUGACAGGAAGUGUGACUCACAGGAAGUGUGACUGACAGGAAGUGUGACUGACAGGAAGUGUGACUGACAGGAAGUGUUACUCACAGGAAGUGUAACUGACAGGAAGUGUAACUGACAGGAAGUGUUACUGACAGGAAGUGUGACUGACAGGAAGUGUGACUGAAAGGAAGUGUGACUGACAGGAAGUGUGACUCACAGGAAGUGUGACUGACAGGAAGUAUGACUGACAGGAAGUGUCACUGACAGGAAAUGUCACUGACAGGAAGUGUGACUGACAGGAACUGUGACUCACAGGAAGUGUGACUGACAGGAACUGUGACUGAAAGGAAGUGCUACUGAAAGGAAGUGUUACUGACAGGAAGUGCCACUGACAGGAAGUGUGACUGACAGGAAGCGUUUGCAAUAAAACUUAAACGCAUCAGUGUGGACGACGCUUUAACAUCUGUUUUGAGAAUGAGUCAUAAAUUGCAUGUUAAAGAUCCACGACAGAAAGAAGAGAGCGAUGAGCAUGAAAUCUGGAGUCUCAUAAUAUCGCAGUGCAUGUCCAGCUCGUAUUUUUGCCUGAUAACAGUUAGAGUGGAAUCUGGUUCCUGAAGUCAGGGCAAACUUUACCGGUGCAACUCUCCUGGCGUGUGAAACACACACAUUCACCAGCUCAUGGUUUUGUGAUGGCAGGAAACGUUCUGUGUGUUGCCUCCAUUGACCCAGAGAGCCAGGGUUCCACCAGCAGGUGACCAAAGAUGUGAGAAGAACUAGAAUGUCCCUCGGUAGAGAGCAUGAAUCCACCAGAGCCAAUCAGUCCUCUUAAACUCAGUCAAGCCUUAAAGCUCAGCCAACCACUCUAAGUCAGACGUGGGAACGUUGGACGUUAGAACGUUAGAACACAGGAACACUCCCUAUAGAGAGAACUGCAGCUCCUGGUGAGUUUUGAGGUCAGCACUGAGCUGUAGCACAUAAACAAACCAAUGUGAUCGAUCGGCGUAUAUGGUUCUAGCUAGCUACCGUUAAAGUUUAUCCGGUCAGAACGUCUUUGUUGUGAAUGAUUGUGAAAACCUUCGAGCCAUUCACUUCAUGCGUAGCACCAGGAGCGAGCUAACAGAUGUUCGCUCAUAUUCCCGCAAAUAUAUGGAAGAAAGAAUUUGAAGAGUGUGAAUGAGGUUUCUCUCCUGCUAAUGUUAGCGUAGGAUAGGGUUUUGUCCUACUUGAUGGUUAAGUGACUUGUUAUUGAUUCUGUCUGACCUGGACGUGUCUGGUGAACAUGUCCACCGUGCACAGGGACCUGUCGUCUGUCCACACGUCCACCAUCGUCCUCAGCUCUGAGGCUGUGCGUCUGAAGCAGAGUGAUGAGCCAUGAAAUGUGAUGAACAAUCAGUUUGUGACUUUAAACAUCAUCGCUGUUGGUUGUGUAACAGAGGAAAUGUGUUGUCCUGUUAAAACCUUUAAUGAUGCAGAGCCUCCUGGUGGUUCAACGUGAGAUGACAACAGUUUUGUAUUAUUGCUGUAUAAAAUGUGACCUGUCCAGGUGGAACCUCUGCUGAUUAGUCUGUGUACAGUUUUGAUUUAGUCUUCACUGUCUGAAUUUGUCAUUUGUUUCCACCACUGAAAACAUGAAUAUGAACAUUUUUUGAGCCACGAGAUGAAUUCAUUUUUUAUAUCUAGGUGUUUGUGUUUAUAUUGCUGUUAAACGUAGCUCAAACCAGAAUGCACUUCACGUCCAACUUAGUAAGUUCUGUUUACAUAAACUCACAUGUCCUCCGUUCAGAAGUAUCCGUCUGUUUUUCUUCUAUGAACAAAUCUCACACAUCAUGUGACUUCAGCUCCAAGCUCAUUGGUUCCUUCUGAAGGUUUGAAAACACCUCACACACACACACACCUCACACACACACACACAUCUUAUACACACACACACUCGACAGCUUCUCCUGAAACAACUGACUUUUAUUUCAAACUGCAGGAUGAAACAUUUUUUGGAGCAGAAAUGAUAAAUCAAUGUUCAGAUGAUGAUGUAAAUAAAGUUUGAAUCAAAGACA